ACAUAUAAUAUGAACUGAUUGAAAUCGCAUUAUGUAAAAUACUAAUGGUUCAGACUAAGACCGUAAUAAAAUUGCGAAUGAAUUAAAACUGAUUCUUUCAUAAUUGAGGAAUACGUUCUCAGUGUGUCGAGGAUAGAAUAACAAUGUCUGCAACCAGUGGGACUGUGAAUGAUUCAGACUUUGAGGAAGUGGCUAAAAUGCAAAGUUUAUUAGAAAGGCCAGAGCUUCAACAACUUUUUAGACAGAUAGGGAAGAUCAGUGCAGCAGAAGCACUUAAAGAACAUGAUAUCAUAAAAAAGGACUUAAGAAAUCUUAUCGAACAAAAAAAUUUUGAGAUCCUUGAAUUAGAAAAUGCAAAGGCGACUUUAGAAAUUCGACUUAACGCUGUUGCAGAGAACACUGAAGAAAAAAAGAAAAUGCAAGGGGAAAUUAUAAGAUUAGAGAAUGAUAUUAAGAAAAAGAAAAAAGAUUUGGUAUCCCUUAACAAAAAAACUGCAGACAGAGAAAACACUGUCGAAUAAAAAGGAGGAAGAAGUGGCAAAAUUGAAGAAGGAAAACGUAGAAUUGAAAAUAACCAACAAUGAUUUAAAAGUAGAAGCGCAACAAGCUAGGUCUGCAAAAAACAUUGCACUUCAUAAACUGAAGGAGUUUCAGAAUGACAAAUAGAAUGACCACGAAAAAAUUUCGGAAGUUAAGAUACAAGUGAUUGAGAACAAAAGCAUCUGCUUGUCCAUUAUAAUUCAGGUUUAAUGUAAACCUAUAGACUCUUUAUUGAUAUGACAAUAUUUAUAUUUAUUUAUUUACUAAUAACAUUUGUAGAGCUGUUUGAAUAUGAAUUCUUCAAAACUAUUAAACAUAUACUUGUCUUGGUCAAAAAAGAUAACAAUAUUAAAAGCAACUACGUCGUAUUCUUGA